CUCAGCUGACCACCUCUCAGGAAGGCGGGUUGCCUAUGGGAGAACCGCCGCCAGUGGUGUCAGUCACGUCUACGCUGAAGCACUGCGGCUGUGCUGCUGAAGCACUUCCAGAGUAGACAAACCCUUGGUUUUCCCAGUUGUACAAUGGGAAUACUAGCCCAGCUGUGCCCUCUCUCGCUGGAGGAUUGGGCAGUGCUCAGGUGCUACAAGCUGUCCGCUCAGAUUCAGCCACUGCUUAGCUUCAGAGCCAUGUCGUCGGCCCCAGAGCAGCCCCAUGCAUCUCACAGCUAUGAGACUCUGAAGGUGUCCCGGGUGCGGGAGAAAGUGUUCCACGUGGAGCUGAACCGGCCGGACAAACGGAACGCCAUGAAUACAGUGUUCUGGAGGGAGAUGGUGGUGUGUUUCAACAAGAUUGCCCAAGACUCGGAGUGCCACGCAGUGGUGGUGUCAGGUGCCGGGAAGCUAUUCAGUGCUGGCAUCGACCUCAUGGAGAUGGGCAGUGUGUUUGUGAUGGUGGAAGGGGACGACACGGCUCGCAAGGCGUGGAACCUGCGCAAGAAGAUCAGGGAGUAUCAGGAGAGCUUCACAGUGCUGGAGAGGUGUCCGAAGCCUGUGAUUGCCGCUGUCCACGGAGGCUGCAUUGGGGGAGGUGUAGAUCUGAUCUCUGCCUGUGAUAUCCGGUAUUGCACCCAGGAUGCAUGGUUCCAAGUUAAGGAGGUGGAUGUCGGGCUGGCGGCAGAUGUGGGCACGCUGCAGCGCUUGCCCAGGAUCAUUGGGAACCAGAGCCUGGUGAACGAACUGGCCUUCACCGCCCGCAAGAUGAUGGCUCCAGAAGCUGAGAGCAGCGGCCUGGUCAGCCGGGUUUUCCAGGACAAGCAGGCCAUGCUGGAGGGCGCCUUCGAGCUGGCGGCCGACAUUGCUGGCAAGAGUCCCGUGGCCGUGCAGGGCACCAAGGUCAACCUAAUCUACUCCAGGGACCACUCCGUGUCCGAGGGCCUGCGGUACAUGGCCACCUGGAACAUGAGCAUGCUGCAGACUGAGGAUGUCGUGAAAUCUGCUCAGGCUGCCGUGGAGAGGAAGAGCCCCAAGGACGUCCUGUACUCCAAGAUGUAGCUGCGGCUCAAUCAGACUCUUAGCCCACGGUGCCUUUAGUGUGACCCCCCCUUUCUGGGUCACGCCUGGGGCCUGCGCUAGCCCCAAAAGCUCGUUUCAUAGCAGAAGAAGCCACCAAUGAGAUCAGCCCAGAGCUGAGUUUAUUAAUAAACUGAAACCCAA